CCAAGCCAUAUUGGACGCUCCCGCGCGGCAAAUCGAAUUGUCGUCACCGAUUACCUGAGCCUUGGUAGUGGAGGGGGAGUUGACUUAUUCUUCGCGGCUUUGCCGCACCGGUCUUCAGCAUGGGAAAGAUAGCGAAGGCCAUCCAACCUAAGCACAAAGAGACGCAGUCUCCUUGGCUGCAGGAGUUCAUCGAUAAUGCGACCUCCAUACCCUUACCUCUUUUACCGAAGACCCUUGCCACAUUCCCUUCACGAUGGCCUUUCCCUAGAGGCGACUUGUAUCAUUGGAUACCAUUACUGGACCGAUUUGAUGAUAUCCUAGAAUUGUUCUGCUCUACUUACAAAUUGAACGAGGGCCCCCAGACUAGAGAUUUUAGCUGCGAAGUCUUGGGAUCUAGCUCGACGGGCGAUCCAGAGGAAUCGAACAAGUCACAGGACUUCUCGGAACUGGGGUUUAGCAAGGAUGGCGAUGUCCAGCUUGUCGUGGCCAUUCUGAAGUUCACUCAGAUGCUUUUAGACCACUGUGGAAAUCGCAGCAUAUAUGCCAGCAGUUCCCACUUGAACGAUCUCCUGAAUAGUACAGAUUUUACAAUCAUCUGUGCUACCUUACGCGUUGGCGCGGAACUGGCCCAGCGUUACCAGGCCUCUGUCAAGCGCAUUCACGGAAUGACAACCCGACAGAUACACACGACUCUUCUCACGAACCACUAUAACAUAGACCUGGAUCGUGUACAGCAGCUUUCUCAACCUUUCGUUAAGACACCCCUUACGAAGCCGUUAGAAUCUGCCCUUCUCUCCACCCCUGCUUCUGUUGGUAAGAGUAAAGAGAAGUUCUAUGGCGGUGGCUCUAAGAAUGCGGCCACUAUGUAUGCGAACGACUUGUGCGCUCUAGCCAAGGCAGACUCUGCUGAGAACUCGAAUUCGCAAGCACGAUGGAAUGGGUGGGGUGAUGUGAAGCUUACGUAUUAUCCUACCUCGGAGACUUCGCAGGGAUCCGCGCAACAGUCUCUACCUGAUCGCGGUGCAACGUCUAAUGCACCUUCGACUCCGACUCCUUUGAGACGAAGUAGCACAUCUGCUGCUGCCCAAUCGACUCCCCGUGCGGGCCGCCAAGGAGCGUCGGAGGAGAGCCCAGUGUCGGCUUCUCGAUCGCCGGCUGUAGGACGGGACGAGAGUAAUCCCCCCGGUCAGAAGUCUUUGGAGAUAUCGCAUGCUUCUGUGUCCUCGUCAUCGAUCUAUCAGCUUCUCGCAAGAGCCCCGGCAGAUCUACCCAAGGAUGCCAAAUACGAGCUCUUGAAUCGCCUUAGGGUCGCUAAGGCUCUCACGGGAUCGGUCGAAUCUCGACGACAGGCACUCAAAGCCCGCCUAUUAGCUAUUCAGAAUUUGGCGUAUAUCCACAUAGAACCUACCUUUAUCGAGAAGGUGCUCAGGCAGGAUAAUGAUGAGCCACGGCGGUUUCAGCUGGUGUAUCAGCUUGCCGAACUGAUCCACCCCGCCGCUGAUGGCGCGGCUGUAGUACCUAUUGAUCUACAGUCUAUCGCAUUCUCAUUGUUGGAGGCCAUUUCGAAUUUUCAUCACAAGCUACCCGAUGUCUUCUCGGCAUUAAAUGCAACGGUGAACCAUGGAGUGUUACUUUAUGUCAUUAGGAAGGCUGUUGCUGAGAUGAAGAAGGACGACUCCGGGGAUCAAUAUAGCGAAGAGGAUGAGUGGCGUGAUACACUAAUCUCUCUUACGCUGCAUAUUACGAUGUCGAUGGCCAACAACACCUCGCGUAGCAUGCCUGAGAUUAUCUCUGCCGGGUUACUGGAUAUUAUCGUUGAGAUUCUCAACAUCAGGUCCAACAUAGCCGAACGCAUGUAUGGCUCUUUGGUAGCGUUCUUAGACACACUCGUGUACAACGUUCAGAAUUCCUUCCAGACAUUGAUAAAUGCCGACGGCCUUGAGGCCGUUACAAACCUAGUCACUCAUGAAGUUGAACUCGCAGGGAAGCUUGUCGCAGAAGACAAGGGAACGCCUGUUACUCACCGUUCCCAGGUUGUUGAUUACGAGAUACCCUUCUGUCAACAGCAGAACCUCAAACACCUCUUGAAGUUUAUUCAUCAUUUGAUGUCAAAUACAUUUGCUUUUGGUGGUAACACUGAUCGACUGUUGAGGAACCUCGUUGAUAAAUCUGCUCUGCUUCGCAGUAUACGCGAGAUCAUCGAGAACAUGGAUAAGUUUGGCUCUCUGGUGUGGACAAAUGCAGUUACAAUUUUGAGUGACUUCCUUAACAACGACCCAACCAGCUUUGCGGCCAUCUCUGAAGCCGGAUUGGUCCAGAGCUAUCUGCAAGCUUUGACAGGUCGACCGGUACCCACGGGUGCACUUGGUGGAACAGAGUCAGGCCAGGAAGGGAACCGAGAUGGCAGUCCCGAGUCGCCUUCGGAUGGACCUACACCUGAUCUCCUUGAGCCCGACAGUCGCUCGCAUCCGCCGUCGCAGGAGGACUUAGAAGCACCUCGCGAUGGCCCGCCGGCCCGUGGUAUUCUACCCAACUCAGAGCCUAUCACUACUGUACCGACUGUUCUGAACGCGAUUUCUUUGAACAACCUUGGAAUGAAAAUGGUUGUUGCGUCGCGCGCAUUCGAUAGCUACUUCGAGAUAUUCGAGAGCCCGGAGCACGUACGGGUAAUGGCAUCGGACGAUAGCGUGGCUCAGAACGUGGGUGGCAAUUUCGAUGAACUGGCUCGGCAUCAUCCAUCUCUCAGACCGGCUAUUGCGAAUGCCGUAUUAGAUAUGAUUGCCAGAGUCACCCAUCUCGCCCGAGUCAAGGCCAGAGAUGCUCAAUGGGGAGCCAAGCUUCUUGUGAAAGAUUCGAAUGGCCGAGACGUAAUUGCUGACGAAGGGUUAUUGAGCGUGCCUCGAGUGGCCCCUUCAGACAAAGGCAAAGGCAAGGCUGUCGCUACAGCCGAGGAUGCUGACAUUGAGAUGACGGAUGCAAGUGUAAAACAGAUGGAAGGUGCGGAAUCGACACCAGGCAGCUCUUCGAACGAAUCAUCUUCUAUUACGCCUUACAUCUAUGCAAUUUCUAACUUCCUAACUCAAUACAUCAGUAAUAACAAUCUGAAGAUGAACUUGAUCAACAAUGGCGGUAUUGAGUUACUUCUUGAUCUUAGUACAUCACCGAGUCUCCCGCAUGACUUCGGUGAUUCUGUGGCUUCGCGAAGUUUACAGUCGGUUAUCGCCCAGCUAGUUGAGACCUCUCCGAUUAUCGGAUUGCCUUCCUUGCUGAAACGAACUCAAGCCGCCAUCGAUGUGCUCCAGCCCGUGACCCAAGCUCAGGAGGUGGGAUCCUUCUUUUCGCCAUUCCUCAAGGAUGACACAGCUUCUGCGGAGCAUGCUGAUGACGCUUCGACCCAGCUUCCUCGUGGCACUGAGUUGGCAAAAGCGCUCUUGAAUACCCAGUCUCUGAUUAAGACUUUGUACCAAUGCUUUCCUUAUUCAACACGGGCAAACACUGUCAACUUGCAUAGCGUUAACGUCUUCGAUUAUUACAGCCGUCUGAUAAAGUCUUUGGGCCCACUGUUGCGUGCUGUCGUCUUGGAGGAGGCGGCGAUCUCUAACAGCGUACCGGAUAACUGGUCGACAAGGAAACAAGGCCAAUCUACAGACCAGCAAGGUUCGGCGACUAACGUCGUCGCAUCGAAUAACGACAAUACUGCCGUUGCCCCUGAAUCCGAGGACACUAGCUUACCGGAUGUGUUAUCGUCUGCCACUAUAUGGAGGCUUGCCACAGCUACAUCCAAUAGCAUCGGUGAUGGCCCCUCCCAGAGUGAGCAAUCAAGCCCACGAUAUCAGAAUUACAGAACUCUUCGUCUUCUGUUGCAUUCCCUGAUGCCUGCCACAUUCCCGCUUUUCCAAACCCUUGGAAAAGCUCUAUUACCUAGACGGGAACGUGACCAGUACCUAAGAGUGCGUCAUUUGCAGCUUGCCGAGGAACUGGCCCAGACGAUAUUGGCGCAGUUUGAGCUACCUGAUCGUGAAAAAUCUAGCAAGGACUUCCACUACUGGAUCAUCAUACUGCAUGCUGUUCAUGAAAUGCUGGUAAAUCGCACGGUAGAAACUCGUUCAGACCGACAAUCGCCAACCCAGAUCAUUGCUCCUGUUUUGAUCGCCUUUAAGAAGCAUGGCGGGUUAGAACUACUUAACUCUAUGCUACACACCUUCAAAGACGAGAUCUGCAAAGAGCAUAAGGAUGGGGAGGAUUCUUCCAUGUCACGACUUGCAGUUAUCGGUAUGAAGAAGAUCCUGGAUCUGUACACCAUGGCCGUCAACGGAAAGAUUAUCACAGAUUCCAUGAGUCAGAUUAACAUUCUUCCACGGAACAUGAGUAGCAGCGAUCGACGAGCAGAUUCACAAGUGGCACCCAACUUGGUGGUCGAGUUACGGAUGUCUAUACUGCCGGUGAUGAGAGAGCUCUGGGACUCCCCGUUGGUUGAGAAGGGUUCAGCCCACAUCCUUGCGAAGAUUAUUAGUAUUCUGAAGUUCAUCUCUUUCGCCGAUUCCGAAAGUAAUGCUUAUAGGCGAACCGAUAAGAACGCUCCUCCUGCUUACCUUCAGCCUUCACCACUCCGAUUUUCGUGGGAAACCGUCGAAGAUGACACAAGAGAAGUUGUUGGUGAGGCAGCUUGCGACGAGGAUCUUGCCCAUGAAGGCCUCUACAGAGCCAAUAACAAUCGACAUACGGCCAUUGAGUAUUGCAAAGCUCACAAAUCAGGCCUUGCUGGUUCACGAAAUCCCAUUCCUGAAGAGGACUCGCCUGAAAAUGCAGAUAGCGAAUCUGCGCCCACAGCGGAGCGUAGUACACAGCCUCCUUCUGGGGACGAUCCUAUGGUCCUAGACUUUCCCGCUGAUCUACCUCCGGGCCUGUUACUUGAGGAAGACAUUCUUGAUGAGCUUAGGGAGGCUACGAUGUCAAGAGACGCGGCGGGUUCUGGCGAUGAUAAUGCAGCUACAUCUUCAACUACUCCUGCACAGGGCCCAUCAACCGGAAAUAACACUGAUACGGACCUUGCAAAGAAGGAGGCUGUAGCCAAGGAAGACUUGGAUGAAGAGCGGACUAAAUUACGCGUAAAUCUUAUCGAGAGGUGUUUGGAUGUCAUAAGAGCACACCCUGACUCCACCUAUGAGGUUUCAGAACUUGUCUCUUCCAUCAUUCUGCGGACCACUAACGACGAACCAUCCUCAAGACAAGAGAUAGGCGAGACUUUGGCUAAUGCUCUAAUUUCAUUCGUGGGCGAUGAUAUGAAACUCAACGGACGAAGCAUUGCAGCUUAUGCUCAUCUUCUAUCUCUGCUGCUCCAGGAGAAGGCCUUCUUCCGAGCGACAGUCGACAUACUCAAAGAUAAUGUAACGGAUUUCUUGCGAUUCGUUGAGCUUCCGACGUCUCAGGCCACCGAGGAACUUCCGCCGUGGAUACCAUACAUUCUGCUCGUCUUCGAGAUUCUCCUUAGUGACGAUGAACAACCAGGAGAAAUUAAAUGGAAGGUACCGACAUCUGAGAACGACCCGAUAGAAACCCUUCAAUGGUCACCAAAAGACCUCAUUGUUAAAGAAGACAAUCGUCAGACGCUUCUCAGCUCAGUGCUAGAUAUUCUGCCCCGUAUUGGCAAGGAUGAAUCACUGGCUGUAUCCGUUCUACGUAUAUUGGUCAUCUUGACUCGGGAUCGUUCUAUUGCACGGUUGGUUGGCGAGAAGAAGAAUUUGCAACGUUUGUUCGUCACCGCUAAGCAGCUCUCUGGCGCUGGAUCCUUGCGCCUCAGAGAUACUCGAAUUACGUCUCAUAUUCUGACUAUACUACGGCAUAUCGUUGAGGAUGAGGAGAUUAUUAAGCAGGUCAUGAGGAGUGAAAUCCGAGCUUACUUCUCUGGCGGCCGGAACACAGCGCGGCCUCUCGACCCUUCUGGAUUCACCAGGACGUUUUCUCAUAUCGCGCUCCGUGAUCCAAGAUUAUUUGUCGAAGUCUCAAACGAAACAGUGAAGCUGAGUCGAUGGACUCCGCCUGAGAGUAAUAUUGGGCGUGGGCAGACGAUAAUCCUCAAGGAGCCGAAGCCGGACGCACCCAAGGACGACGUGGCACCGGCUGUCCGAGCUACUGAGGAUUUAACUAUUCAAGAUGUUAAGCCGUCUACCGAAGGCGAAGAUAAGCAGAUGGCGGAUGCUUCCAAACCUCAAUCGCAGGACUCGAAACGGCCGGUAGUUGAGAACCCUGAUGGUGUAGUGCAUUUCUUGCUAUGCGAGCUUCUGAACUACAAGGAGGUCGACGACAAGGAACUGCCGCCACCUGCCAAGGAAUCGAAGAAGGAAGACGAUCAAGAAUCGUCCGAUGCAAGUGGCAUCUCUGAUCGCGAAAGCUCCCCUGCUGAUGGCAAAGAGAAGAAAGUCAAGCCCUUGUUCAAGACUGAGGAUCACCCAAUCUUCAUAUACCGGUGCUUCCUCCUGCACUGUCUUACUGAACUUCUUCAGAGCUAUAACCGCACUAAAGUCGAGUUCAUUAAUUUCAAGAGAAGCGCUCCACUUUUCGCCAACACUCCCAUCAAGCCUCGAUCAACUGUCUUGAACUAUCUUCUCAAUGAUUUACUCUACACGUCCCACAUAGAGACUACAUCAGAUUCGAUUGUACACAAGAAGAAAUACGCCACAUCCGUUCAGACACAGAAUCUCUUGGUCGCUCUCGUGAGCAAAACGGGAGAGAAGCCCAUCGAGCAGGGUCGAGAUAAGUACGACUAUGACGACGAACCUGACCUAUUAUUUGUGCGAAAAUUCGUGCUGGAUACUAUUCUGAGAUCCUACAAGGAUGCUGCAACGACUAGUGAUUCGUUCGAUAGCAGAUAUAGCAGGAUGCUAGCUCUAGCAGAGGUCAUGCAUCUCAUGAUGGGCGAGAAAGACAAGGAUCCUCCUGUACCGUCUCGCGGUGGUCAAGAUCCCCUCGAGAGGUCGCAGGCUCAACUUCGGCGUCUUAUGUACGAGAAAGGCUAUCUCGCAGCCCUCACGGCGUCUAUCGCUGACAUCGACCUCGCCUUUCCACCCGUGAAGCGAACCAUCAAGUAUAUUCUUCGCGUACUUCGAAUCUUAACGAGCACUGCUAUCCACCUGAGCCAUUCUAACAUCAUCCCUAAUGUGCCGACCCAAGAGAAUGUCGAUGAAGAAACAUUCUCAGGAAGCUCUCUUUCUGAUAUCGACGAUGACCGAGAGGAGACUCCAGACCUAUAUCGAAAUUCGGCUCUUGGUAUGUUGGAGCCCGGUAGAGAUAGAGAUGGUGACUAUUCAGAAGACUCGGAAGAUGACGACGAUGAAGAGAUGUAUGAUGAUGAAUACGAUGACGACAUGGGAUAUGAAUCUGAAGAUCGCGAAGAAGAUGUCAGUGAAAGAGAUGAAGAGGAAGAACUCGAAGGGAUGGGUCCCGUUGAAGGAUUAUCGGGAGACCAUGGCAUUAUCGAAGUUACAAUGGAAGAUGACGAUGAAGAUGAUGACGACAUGGACGAGGAUGAUGAUGAAGAUGGUAGCGAAGAAGAUGAGCUUGAGUCCGACGAUAUGGAUGAACAUGAAGACCGCAUCGAAAUUAUUGACGAUGAGGGAAACCCACUAGAGGAUGACGGAGGCUCUGGUUGGGAAGAUGAUACAGACGAGGACGAAGAAGAGGAUGAUGAUGGGGAGGAGGUUGAUUACGAAGCCGCCGAACAGGAUAUUGAUGAAGAAGCUGCCCAUCUUGACGAUGUCGACGCCCUACGGUUCGGAAACAUUAUGCGUGCGAUCGAAGAAGACGAUUUUGAGCCUCCGGAUGACCUCCAUGGUCGCUAUAUGGAGGAAGAUGACGACGAUGAUGAGGAUGAAGAGGAAGAGGACGAUAUAGAUGAUGAGUACGCAUACGAGGAUGCUUUUCCCAACGAUGCACCACCUCGUGAUAUUGGGCCAUCAAGUCUCGGCUGGGAUACUCUUGUGGUUGAACCCCAUGGAGGUAUUCUUGGUCAGCAUCAUCGAAACCGACAUGGUACCCGCAGUCCCUUCCCUCCAAUCCCGUUCAUGAUGGGUUCUCGAGACCCGAUCAGCAACUUUGGUGAUCCAAGAGGUUUCGGACGUAAUCGACAUGAUCAGAGGCCUACCGGCAAUGAAGACGGAUUAAAUCCUCUACUUCGUCGGGGCAAUGACGCUGGCCGAGACGGAUCUCCUCGUCCCUCUCAACUCUCUCAACUUGGUGGUCUUGUUCGUUUAGGAUUCCCUGGCGGAUUAUUUGGUGGCAACAUGGACAGCCCAAUGUCCUUCAUUAACGACCUCGUAGCAUCCCUCCCUGCGUCAUUAAGCCGCCAGGGACAUGCGUUCCACUUUCAAAUCACCCAGGGGCGAGGUGACGUUCAGGACAUGCAAUUCCCAUUCGGCGUCCAAAUUCGCGAGUCCCGCUCCGACAAUCGCCGAGAGACGUAUCAGGAACCUAUCCAAGCAACUUCGUUCACGACAGACACAACGGUAGCCCGAUGGAUAGAAGAAGUGAAGAUGAUAUUUGGAGUGAACCAUUCAGAGAAGUCACAUCGCCUUGUCCCAGCAAUCCUCUCGCACCUUGUGCCACCUGCUAUUCAACAUGAGAAAGAACUCAAAGCUAAAGAAGCAGAACGCCAACGGCAGCAGGAAGAGGAGCGCAAGAAGCGCGAGGAGGAAGAGCGUAAGGCGAGAGAAGCGAAAGAGGCUGAAGAAAAGGCAGCCCAGGAGAAGCGGGAAGCUGAAGAGCGUGAACGAGCUGCCGCCGAAUCUGCCGCGCAAACCCAAACGGAAGGCGCCGCUCGUAGAGAUGAAGAAGGCGACCGUGUAGAGCCGGAGGCAAUGGAGGGCGUGGAAACAUCUGAUGAAGCCGCAGUCCCGUCAGAGGACGAACCAGCUAGCUCUCAGCCACGCGCCUACACUACCAUCAGAGGUGAACAAGUCGAUAUAACAGAACUCGGCAUUGAUUCAGACUAUCUAGAAGCGCUCCCUGAGGAAUUCAGGGAAGAAGUCAUCGCCCAAACGGUUAGUACACGCCGAGCUCAGGCACGGGAAGCCCCUGGUGGCGCGGGCGAGCAGACUGAGGUAUUCCAGGAGUUCUUGGAUGCUCUUCCCGACGAACUCCGCAUGGAGAUUGUGCAACAGGAACGAGCGGAACAACGAAGGCGAGAGCGAGAAGAGUUGCGGCGAACGACAGCCGCCCCCGGCCAGGCAGCUGAAGCUCAAGACAUGGAUCCUGCCACUAUUUUAAUGACAUUCCCGCCUGCUCUUCGAGAGCAGGUUCUUAUGGACCAAGGCCCAGAACUCAUGUCUUCCCUAACGCCUGAUCUAGCCGCUCAAACACGCCGACUUAUCCGAGCAAAUCCGAUAGUACACAACGAUCACCUAGCCUCAUCUACUAACCGCCGAGGGGAGGGUGCCCCAGCCAGUGUACCUACUGAUACGGGCAAGCCUCACCGAAAGACAGUUGUGCAGAUGCUAGACAAGCCAGGCGUAUAUACCUUACUUCGCCUGAUGUUCAUCAACAUGAAAGGCGGGUCUCUAGAGACCUCUUUGAAAUUUCUGUUCAAGGAUGUCUGCGAAAACCGACAAACGAGGUUCGAGGUGGUUAGCAACCUACUCAAGAUACUUCAAGAAGGAUCAACAGACGUUGACGCUGUCGAGCGAAGCUUCGCUUCGCUUUCUAUCAAGGCGAAACAACCUAAGGAGAUUGAAAACAAGACCCAAACUCCCCAAAGCCUAAAGCGCACGUCCACGAGCAUCGGUAACAGUAAUCCUAUUCAGGCAACCUCCGAGACAUCUCCUCUAUUGAUCGUCCAACAAUGCCUUGAUCUGCUCUGCUACCUUGCAGAUCAAAACGUCCACGUGCCUUCUCUCUUCCUUACCGAGCACGACGGAGUCAGCACGGCUGCUAUCAAGCGUAGUGUCAGCCGCAAGGGCAAAGGCAAAGAUGUGAAGGCCAACAAGUAUGCCAUCAAUUCGUUGUUGGCGCUUCUCGACCGCGAUCUCGUCAUGGAGAGUUCCUCUAUCAUGGAUAGUCUUUCGCAGCUAUUGAGUCGAGUUACGGGUCCACUACUAGCCCUUGAUCGUAAACAAAAGGAGGCAUCCGAAGCAAUCAAGAAUCUUGACUCCCAAUCCACGACUGCAGCAGAGUCUGCCGGAACGACCGCGCCUGUAGAUUCAAACAACGCAGAUGCCGCGCAGACGGGAGGCGCAAAUACAUCGGAGCAGAUGACCGAGCAAUCUGCCAAUACCCUCACCGAAGCCCCCGAAAAUGCGCCUUCGGGUGCUUCGGCUGCCGAGGCCGAAUCUGCUAAGGCACUAGAAAAGCAAGCAAUCAUGAAGCGAAUCAAGCAGCUGCAUCCGCCUGUCAUUCCGGUCCACAAUUUGACUCUCAUCAUCAAGAUCUUUGUGGCUCGCGAAUGUAGCUCUAAGACUUUUAAGGAGACUCUCUCGACUAUCAAGAAUCUGUCCGUGAUUCCCGGAGCAAUGUUAGUCUUUGGCGAAGAACUUGCUCGCCAAGCCCAACUCUUGAGCGAGAAGAUUGUCGUCCACCUUGACGAACUACUCCCGCAUAUUCAGAACGCCGCUUCGGGUACAGAGAUCCAAGGCGUCGCUUUAGCCAAGUUCUCGCCUGGAGCUUCCGACCAGAACAAGCUACUUCGCGUCUUAACAGCCCUUGAUCAUCUAUUCGCCCAGAAGAAAUCGGAUACGACCGAGAGCUCUGAUUCCGAUGAGACUACGAAGCAGGACUUGCUCGCUACGCUUUACCGGAAUACCACCUUCAAUGCCUUGUGGGAGAAACUUAGCGCUUGCCUAAGCGCAAUUCGUCAACGCGAGAGUCUCCUGAACGUGGCCACUAUUCUCCUUCCUCUGAUCGAAGCAUUGAUGGUCGUUUGCAAGGAUACUGCAAAUGAAACGCUUACCCAAGGACAGGCAAGCAAGGACAUGGUGCUAUCUAGUCCACAGCCCGAGUCGCGUUUGGCCGGUCUAUUCUUUACCUUCACGGAAGAGCAUCGCAGGAUCCUCAACGAGCUUGUGCGCAACAAUCCGUCGCUUAUGAAGGGAACCUUUUCGCACCUUGUCAAGAACCCCAAGGUGCUCGAAUUCGACAACAAGCGCAACUGGUUCAACCGUAGUGUGCAUAACAAGCAACAGGUUAGCCAACGGCCUCACCCGAUGUUGCAGCUGCAAGUCCGCCGAGAACAUGUUUUCCAUGAUUCUUUCAAAUCGCUAUACUUCAAAUCGGGCGAUGAGAUGAAGUUCGGCAAGCUUAGUAUUAGGUUCCACGGCGAAGAGGGUGUAGAUGCCGGAGGCGUUACUAGGGAAUGGUUUCAAGUUCUCGCGCGACAGAUGUUCGACCCCAAUUAUGUGCUAUUCGUGCCCGUUUCAAGCGAUCGCACGACUUUCCACCCGAACAAGCUCAGCAGCAUCAACGAUGAGCAUCUCAUGUUCUUCAAGUUUAUUGGUCGAAUCAUCGGGAAGGCUCUUUACGAAGGUCGUCUACUUGACUGCUACUUCAGCCGCGCGGUCUACAAGCGAAUCCUCGGCAAGCCAGUCUCAGUCAAGGACAUGGAAUCCUUCGACCCUGACUACUACAAGUCUCUUUCCUGGAUGCUGAACAACGACAUCACUGAUAUUAUCACUGAGACGUUUUCGGUCGAGGAUGAUGAAUUCGGCCUGACCAAGAUCCACGAUCUGAUCGAAAAUGGUCGCAACGUGCCCGUCACUGAAGAAAACAAGCAUGACUAUGUGCGUCUAGUAGUCGAGCACAAGCUCCUCACCUCGGUUAAGGUUCAGAUGGAGAACUUCUUGAAAGGCUUCCACGAGAUCAUUCCCGCCGAACUGAUAUCUAUCUUCAAUGAGCAGGAGCUAGAGCUUCUGAUCUCUGGUCUACCGGACGUCGACAUCGAUGAUUGGAAGAGCAACACCGAGUACCACAACUACUCGCCAUCUUCUCCACAGAUCCAGUGGUUUUGGCGAGCGGUACGAUCAUUCGACAAAGAGGAGCGCGCCAAGCUCCUUCAGUUCGUCACGGGAACCAGCAAAGUUCCAUUGAAUGGAUUCAAGGAACUUGAGGGAAUGAACGGGGUAAACCGAUUCAACAUCCACCGGGACUACGGCAACAAAGACCGUCUACCAUCAUCCCACACGUGUUUCAACCGUAAGUAUCCCUAUACUUUUUACAUACGAUGCAGUUUACUAAUAUGCUCGCAGAACUCGAUCUCCCCGAGUAUGAGAGCUACGAUACCCUUCGUCGACAAAUUAUCAAGGCUAUCACGACUGGUAGCGACUACUUCGGGUUCGCGUAAGGGACAUAUUCGGUCAAGGCUCGCAAAGAAAAGGAAAACUCAACACUAUACCACGUCGUUGAUUGUAUUGUUUGUACAGCAUGGAGAGAAUGAGGCGAGAGGCAGGCGUGCAUUUUUCUCUUCCACAAACGGAGGUUUUUGAUGAGUUUGUGUUUACCUCAAACAUUCGGCAAUGAUGCUCUGGCG